AACGCCAUUCUCGGUGGAAGAUGUGUUAUUUGACCUUCGAGAAUUAUAAAAUCUUCGUGCAAAACCACUGUGCAUGAAUCGCAUCUUUUUGUUUUUUUUAUUGCCGAUAAAUUGACUAUAUAUAUUGUCAAUUCGGUUGGCAACGCGUUUUUUUUAAAGCCGUGUUGUGUCAUAGACAAAAUCCAACCAACUGAAGUAACUGAACCAACCAGCUGUGCUGUUAUUGACACAGACAGAGCACGUAGCUAAAGUUGUUGACGAAAUGAGAAGUAGUAGUUAAUUACAAUGAAAUAAGUUGUUAUUUUUAAAUGCAUAUCAACAAUGGAUUCGAAUUUACCAUUUUUUAGUCUCCCGUUCGUGGACACUGAAACGUCAGACUUUUUUGGUAAAAUAAAGCCUCAAGAGUGUGGUUACGAUGACCUGCACGCUACUUUACCGCCUCACACUGGUUUACUGGGGACAGACGAUGUUCUGGCUCAGUUUUUGUCGGGAGAUGAGCCUCUUGAAGAGCCCGACUUGAACGGGCCCACUACACUUCACUGUGAGAUAUGUAAAAAGCAGUUUGAUAACGCCAAGAAGUACUACGGACACUUGAGGGUCCACUCUAAGGAAAACCUUUGGGCUUGUGAAAAAUGUCCGGAUCAGAAGUUUUCCACCAAGCAACAGUUGAUGAAGCAUGCCCUAGUCCAUAAGCCUCUGGAAAGAGAAUGGAAGUGCCUGCAGUGUCCCAUGGCCUUCGAGGCUCUCUGGAAACUGCAACAGCAUCUAUUUGCUAAACAUUUGGAUGAUAGCCCCCACAAGUGUGAUGAGUGUGAGAAAGCUUUUCAUAAGCUUUCUGACUUGAAAAAACAUAAGGACACACACAGCAAUAUAAAGAAGUACCCGUGCAGUGUAUGCGACACACAUUUCAAAGACAAGUCCAACUUGAAAAGGCACAUGCUGCGUCACACCGGGGAGAAGCCUUACCCCUGUAUCCAUGGAUGCUGGAGGCGGUUUAAACAGAUCGGUUCAAUGCGUCGUCACGCGCAGUACUGCAACCGCAACACUCAGACCAAGCCGCCGGAGGAGAAGCCGCCGCAGGUGUACUACUGCCGGGUCUGCGGCAUGAGCUUCCCGUGCGAGACCACGCUGCUGGACCACUGUGUUAAGCAACACACAAACAACCCACCAAAACCUCCCGAACCGGAGCGAGAAGACAAGAACCUCACAGACACGAAUCGCAUCGUAGACAACAUCGUGGACGACAUCCUGUCCGCGGAGGAUGACUAUCUCACCAUGUCCACACAGAACGAGAUCCUCAACGUCUACAACCCCAACGAAAUCGACAGCCAAAUCAACCCAGACAACCUCAUGCAGAUAGAACUCCUCAAAGAGAUGAACCAGCUACAUAUCCUCGACGGAGAACUGUUCUAUAACGAUGUAGAUUUCGACAGCAUACAACCAAGCCACAUCUUCAAUAACACCAACGAAAUUGAUUACACUACAGACAAAAACGCAGAAAUACUCUUCGAUUUCACCGAUGCCGGCAAAAGUAUCGACCAAGACAUCAUGAAUACUCUAUUCCAUGUCAAAACUAAAUACUUACCAGACGAGUUCCUCAAUCCACCUGAAGUUUCAAAUCCUCCAGAAACGAGUGCCAUAGAAAAUCCAAUUUCAGUUAACGAGUGUGCGACGAUAUUUGAAAGUGAUGUGGAUUUAGAAGCUAGCACACAUUUGGCUGCUAACUUGAACCAAUUGAUCGGUGAUAAUAGCGUACAGUACAUAUCUACUGAAGACGAUGAUACGUUUAUAAUAAGUUUGAAAAGCGAGAUAGAUGCUGAACAGUUAACGGACAUGUUGAAUAUUGGACUUGUUGAUGCGACUAAAGAGAAAGUUUCUGAAGUGGAGAAUGAUCAGGAGGAGAUCGCGAGUGCUGAGCCUAUUGUGGUGAAGAUUCAAGAGAUGAAGACCAUUUGUGUGAACCCGUUGGUGCCGCGAGAGAAUAAUAAAGAAGUGAAGACUAGGAAGAAGAAGCGAGUGCUGUAUGUGUGUCGGACGUGUAAUAAGGUGUUCAAGAAGAAGGAUAAUUAUAAAUCUCAUAUGGCGACUCACGAGCCGUCCCUCCGCGCGCACGCGUGCGAGGUGUGCGGGCUGCGCUUCAGCUACCGCUCCACACUCAACAAGCACCGCCUGGCCGCGCACAGCCCGCGCGUGCUGCCGGCUCACGCCUGCCGCCGCUGUGCGAAGAGCUAUAGCGCGGGGUGGAUGUUGAAGGAGCACAUGGACCGCGACCACGGCGGGCUGCAGCCGCACCGGUGCGACCACGACGGCUGCGAGAAGAGCUUCUUCAAGAAGUCAGACCUCACGCAACAUAAGAGGACGCACACGGGCGCGCGGCCGUUCUCGUGCGGCGCGUGCGGCAAGUCCUACCCGCAGCGGUCGCAUCUGCGGAGACACGCGCGCUCCGCCAACUGCGCCAAGCAAAUCCUGAAAACAGCGAAGAAGGAACAAGAAGAGAAGAAACUACGUGCGCAGGCGCAGCUGUUAGCAAACAGCGACCCACUUGCACAAACUGUGAUAUUAAGUGUUAAAUAAAAUAUAUUUAGUAUGUAUCAAAA